AGCCUGCACAGAAACAAAACUUGUACAAAUAUUUGAAGAAAGGUUUCAAUCGUAUUUUAAAUAAAAGUGUCGCUUCUUUUAUAAUUAUCAUCAUCUUUAUUAAUACCAACAAAAAAAUGCUCAGAAAAUUGUACACUCUAGUGUUUGUAAGGCAAGAAAAUCAAAUUCUCUUAGGAAUGAAAAAGCGCGGUUUUGGCGUAAACAAAUGGAAUGGUUUUGGAGGGAAAGUCGAACCAAAUGAGAGUAUCAUUGAAGCUGCUGCCCGAGAAUUAAAAGAAGAAUGCAGUUUGGAGGUAAAGACUAGCGAUUUGAAGAAUAUAGGCCAUUUGGAGUUCACUUUUGAGGGACAGCCAACACUGAUGGAUGUAAGAGUUUAUUCAACUGAUAUCUUCACCGGAAAGCCUACAGAAUCCGAGGAAAUGCGUCCCAAAUGGUUUGAUGUAGAAGACAUACCAUUUGAUGAGAUGUGGUUGGAUGAUAGACUCUGGUUUCCUUACAUGUUUCAAGGAAAAACUUUCUUUGGCAGAUUCCACUAUGAGGGUUUUGAAAAAAUAUUGAAUUAUAAAAUUGAAGAGCUGGAGUCCAUGGAUACAUUCUAUGAGAAUCGGGAAUAGUUCAGUAGGUCAUAAUUGUCUUUACAAUUAAUUUUAAGGGAAACAGUGAUUACCUACCUACUUGUAGUAAUUAGAAACCUAAUGUUUUGUAGUAUUUUUU